UCGUACGCGCAGCCAGCGCAGAGGGGUGAACCCAUAGAGAGAGGGAGCUGGCACGCUCGACGGAACAGCUCUUCACUACGAGUUUUAUACAACGAUCUGGGAUGCCCGUUUAGGUAGUGGUCCGCGCCCCACAGCCGCGACAACUUGGACCGUCGUAAAGUGUGUGUCCGCGAGAGAACAUAGCGAGAGAAAAUCAUAAGAGAACGACGACGCCCCCUAUAUCUCUCCCUCCCUUAUCGACCCUCUCUCGCCAAAAAAAAAAAAUUUUUUUUUUUUUUUUAAAUACACACCUGUACAUACAUAUAUUUAUAAAAGUCGAAAAGACUCAAAGUCACUAGAAAGUUAUUGAAUUAAAAAAAAAAGUGCAAAAACCCUGUGUGCGGUCAACCACGCGUACAAGCGAGUGUCAAGUGUUUUAACCCCCAAAAAGAGCAGAAAAAAAAACCAAAAAGGAUUUUUAUCAUCACAAGGGUGUCUUAUCAUCGGAUAACCGGCGUGAGCUUCAGAAGAGGUCAUCACUCAUGAUCUAGUAAAGGCUCCUGAACCCAGGAUGUGGUGCAUAGCUGUCACCGUAGUUCUACUGGCGUCCCUCGCCAGUGCCAAGGUGGCCGUCCUGCCCCACGAUGUCUACCCUGGAUUCGAGGUGACACAUUUUCAGAAUGGCAAACACAAUUCCAAUUAUCGAUUACUGGAGACUGGAUUCUCCAAAUAUUUCACCGUCCUUGACAAUGGAAUUGUCAUGACAACAUCCGAUCUCAGUCCACUAGUCAAUAGGCCCGUGAAUCUUGUUGUACUCGAGGAACUCGCCAAUAAAACAGAAACGCACGAUCUUCAUCUUUACGUGAUAAAUCGAAGAAAUAUGCUCACCUUCACUCACGAUCAACUUGGCGAUGGUGAAAUACUCGAAAAUUCCCUCCCCGGAAUGAUGGUCGAGGGUUUUCCCGUUUUAAGAGCACGUGGCAAAUUUCCGGUUCACUAUACAAUUCUCCCCGAGGACGAUGGCGAUCGACCAUUUGUUCUCAGCGACACAAUUACCAAAGAAGUUGGCUACAAUCUCACACUCAGAAGUCAUAAACAAGGCGUUAGAGUUGUCUCGACACGACCUCUGGAUCGUGAGAGGAAGAAAUUUCACAAAAUUGUCAUUCACGCGUCAGACAAUGAUUUCAUAAGUUCAUCAAAGAUCAGUGGAAUUGUUCAGGUACUCGAUGAGAAUGACAAUAAUCCUAUUUUUGAAAAUGUCCUUUACACAUUUGAAAUUUCGCCGACAAAUUUGAAAACAUUAACCAAAGAUAUUGUGCCACAAUGGAAGAGAUUUUCAACAAUUGGAAAAGUUGUUGCUACUGACGCUGAUGGUGAUAAGUUGGCUUACAAGUUGCUCACGCCAAAUAAUAUGGUUAUCAUUGUUCCGCAAACUGGUGAAUUGCUAUUGGCUGGCGAACCGGAAAUUGCCGCUGAUGAAGAUGAGGAAUGGCAACUAUUGGUUGAGGCGCACGAUCUUCGACUUCCAAGUCGAGUAUCCGAGGCACCUGCCAGAGUUGUUGUUAGAUUGUUGACUUCGCCGCCAAUUGAGCCUGAGGUACACAAGAUUCAAAAGAGGCGUGUCACGAGGGCUGUUAGGCCAACCAAGAAGAUUGAAUUUACCGAGGCCGAUGGCGAUAUUGAGGGAAAAAUUGCAUUUUACCUCGAAAAAGAAACGGAACGAGAGACAUACAAAAUUCGUGAUGAAAAUAAAUGGGUGACCGUUGGAUCAAAUGGUUCCGUUCGAGUUCAACAAAAAUGGGACUACGAGGAACUUGGUCCCGAGAAAACAAUUGAUUUUUGGGUCACAAUUCACAAUGCAGGACUACAAUACACUGACAAUCAACGAGUGAUCAUCAAUGUGAAAGAUGUCAACGAUGAGCCUCCAUACUUCAUUAACAGGCCAUUGCCCAUGCAAGCAGUCGUGCAAUUGAACGCACCACCCAACACGCACGUGUUUACACUCCAGGCUCGAGAUCCUGACACCGAUCACAAUAUUCAUUAUUUUAUUGUCAGAGAUCGCACUGGUGGUCGCUUUGAGGUUGACGAAAGAUCGGGUGUCGUAAGAACAAGAGGCACGGAUAUGUUUCAAUUGGAUAUGGAGUAUGUGCUCUAUGUGAAAGCCGAGGAUCAAAAUGGUCGCAUUGAUGAAAGAAAAUUUCAAUCUACACCUGAAGAAAGAUUGUCAAUUGUCGGUGGUAAACGAGCACCACAGUUUUAUAUGACUGCCUAUGAUGCUGAGAUUCCAGAGAAUCAGAAAAAGGACUCUGACAUAAUAUCGGUGAAGGCAAAAUCGUUUGCCGAUCGUGAGAUAAGAUAUACGUUAAAAGCUCAAGGACAGGGUGCGGCAGGAACAUUUAAUAUUGGACCAACUUCGGGAGUUGUGAAACUAGCAAAGGAUCUGGAUUUUGAAGAUCUUCGACAACCGCAUAUUUAUACUCUUGUUAUCACAGCGACCGAAGAUUCUGGUGGCUUUUCCACUUCAGUUGAGCUUACGAUAAGAGUAUCGGAUGUCAACGAUAAUGCGCCAAAGUUCGAAUUACCGGAUUAUCAAGCCCAUAAUGUGGAUGAAGAUAUUGCACUAGGAACCAAUAUACUCAAAGUUAAAGCAACAGAUGCUGAUUCUGGAGAAAAUGCUGAAAUCGAGUAUUUAGUUUCUGACGAUCAUUUCAGCGUGGAUUCGAAUGGUAUCAUUGUCAACAAUAAGCAGUUGGAUGCUGACAACAAUAAUGCCUAUUAUGAAUUUAUCGUCACUGCCAAGGAUAAAGGCGAACUGUCGAAAACCGGUACGGCAACAGUGCGAAUUUACACAAAAAAUAAAAACGACGAGGAGCCAAAAUUUUCGCAGCAAGUUUACACGCCGAAUGUGGAUGAGAACGCUGGACCAAAUACACUUGUGACAACGGUGGUUGCGUCCGAUAAGGACGGUGAUAAUGUGCGUUUUGGUUUUGUUGGCGGAGGAACGAGUUCGGGACAAUUUGUCAUUGAAGAAAUAACAGGCGUUAUUCGUCUUCAUUCAAAGGAGAUAACAUUGGAUCGCGAUAAGUAUGAAUUAAAUGUGACGGCAAUGGACGAUGGGGCGUGUUGCCUCGAUGGCGAUAAAGUUAUACACACGAGUACUGCCGUUGUCGUUGUAUUCAUUACCGAUGUCAACGAUAAUAAACCAGUGUUUAAAGAUUGCGGCACUUAUAAUCCAAAAGUCGAAGAGGGAGCACCUAAUGGAAGUCCAGUUAUCAAGGUGCAGGCAACAGAUGAGGACAAAGGUGUCAAUGGUCAAGUGAAAUACUCCAUUGUUCAACAGCCAAAUCAAAAGGGGACCAAGUUCACUGUUGAUGAGGAAACUGGUCAGGUUUCAACGAACAAGGUAUUCGACAGAGAAGGGGAUGAUGGAAAAUUCGUGUCUGUCACUGUGAAAGCAACAGAUCAAGGAGAACCGUCUUUGGAAGGUGUUUGUUCCUUCACUGUGGAAAUUACAGACGUCAAUGACAAUCCACCUUUAUUCGAUCGUCAGAGAUACGUUGAAAAUGUAAAACAAGACGCAAGCAUUGGAACAAAUAUUCUAAGAGUCUCAGCCUCUGACGAGGAUGCUGACAACAAUGGAGCAAUAAUGUAUUCACUGAGCGCACCAUACAACGAUCAUGGCCUUGAUUAUUUUGAGAUUCAACCAGAAUCUGGUUGGAUCGUUUUAAAGAAGCCACUGGACGAGCAGCAAGACAGGUAUCACCUGAGAGUACGUGCCUCCGACAGAGGGAAACCACCCUCGCACGCUGACGUGGACGUUGAGUUAAUCGUCGUAGACAGAAACAGUAACCCUCCUAAGUGGGAUAUGAACGUAUACGGCCCCAUUCACAUCAAAGAAAAUGUCACAGUGGGUACUAAGGUGACGUCGGUGAAAGCCAGCUCUGGCAUUAUAAAUAAUCCAGUGGUUUUUUACCGCUUAAUGCCGGGAUCAACAGCGCAAACCAACAAGUUGCACACAUUUUAUCUUCAACAACGAUCGGAUAACUCGGUCACAUGGGCCGACAUAAAGGUCAAUCAGCCCUUGGACUACGAGAGCAUAAAGGAAUAUAAUCUCACUAUACGUGUCGAGAACAAUGGAGCUCAACAGCUGGCCUCUGAGGCGACUGUUCACAUUAUGCUUGAGGAUGUGAAUGACGAGAUUCCUCUCUUUACGGAACGAGAACAGGAAACUGUUUUGGAAGGUGAACCCAUUGGCAGUAAAGUCACUCAGGUCAACGCAAUUGACAAGGAUGGUACUUUCCCCAAUAAUCAGGUCACUUAUUAUGUCGUGAACAGUGACAGAAAUGAGGGAAAAGAUUAUUUCGAGAUCAAUAGAGAAUCGGGUGAAGUGUUUACUAAAGUCGUGUUCGAUCGUGAAAAGCAAGGAGCUUAUGCUUUGGAAGUUGAAGCCAGAGAUGGUUCAGCAUCAGCAAGACCCAACAGCAAUAAUCAACCAAACUCCGUAACGAAAUUCAUCCGUAUUGGAAUUGCUGAUAAGAACGACAAUCCACCCUAUUUCGACAAGGGCCUCUACGAGGCUGAGGUAGACGAAAAUGAAGAUAUUCAGCACACAGUGCUCACUGUUACCGCCAAGGAUCACGACGAGUCAUCGCGUAUUCGAUACGAGAUCACAAGCGGUAACAUAGGUGGAGCAUUCGCUGUCAAAAAUAUGACCGGAGCCAUUUACGUCGCUGGUGCUUUGGAUUACGAGACGAGAAAAAGAUACGAGCUAAAAUUGACAGCCUCGGAUAAUUUAAAGGAAAAUUAUACAACUGUCGUUAUUCAUGUGAAAGAUGUGAAUGACAAUCCACCAGUAUUCGAACGUCCCACCUAUAGAACUCAAAUCACGGAAGAAGAUGACAGAAAUUUGCCAAAGCGUGUUCUUCAGGUCACUGCAACCGAUGGUGAUAAAGACAGACCUCAGAACAUUGUCUACUUUCUGACUGGUCAGGGUAUCGAUCCGGACAAUCCAGCCAAUAGCAAAUUCGAUAUCAAUCGUACGACUGGUGAAAUUUUCGUUCUCAAGCCUUUGGAUAGAGAUCAACCUAAUGGAAGACCCCAAUGGAGAUUCACUGUUUUUGCUCAAGACGAAGGUGGAGAAGGUCUUGUGGGUUAUGCCGAUGUUCAAGUAAAUCUCAAAGACAUCAAUGACAAUGCUCCCACAUUCCCUCAGGGUGUUUAUUUUGGAAAUGUCACGGAAAAUGGCACCGCAGGAAUGGUAGUAAUGACCAUGACAGCAGUGGAUUAUGACGAUCCAACCGAAGGCACCAAUGCUAAACUAAUGUACUCAAUCGAGAAGAACGUAAUUGAGGAAGAAACUGGUUCUCCAAUUUUCGAAAUCGAACAGGAAACUGGAGUAAUUAAAACUAACGUUUGCUGUUUGGAUCGUGAACGAACACCUGAUUAUUCGAUACAAGUGGUUGCAAUGGAUGGAGGGGGGUUAAAAGGGACUGGGACGGCGUCGAUAAGAGUGAAAGAUAUAAACGACAUGCCGCCCCAAUUCACAAAAGACGAAUGGUUCACAGAAGUGGAUGAAACUGAUGGUCCCGAUUUGCCAGAUGUACCAAUUCUAACAGUUACAGUUCACGAUGAAGAUGAAACCAACAAAUUCCAAUACAAGGUGAUUGAAAACAGUGGCUAUGGAGCUGAUAAAUUCACAAUGGUACGAAAUAACGAUGGCACUGGAUCAUUAAAGAUUGUUCAACAACUCGACUACGAGGAUCAACUACAAAGCAAUGGUUUCAGAUUUCGAAUUCAGGUCAAUGAUAAGGGUGAGGAUAAUGAUAACGAUAAGUAUCAUGUCGCUUAUUCCUGGGUUGUUGUUAAACUCCGAGACAUAAAUGACAAUAAACCUCAGUUCGAUAAGGCGAAUAUCGAAACGACUGUUGCUGAGAAUGCCGUUAUUGGAAAUCAUCUCGAAACAUUUAAGGCUAUUGAUCCUGAUCAAGGGGGAAAGAGUAAAGUCUCAUAUUCCAUUGAUCGUAGUUCUGAUCGAAAACGACAAUUUCAUAUCAAUGACAAUGGAACUGUUUCUAUUCAAAGGAGUCUUGAUCGUGAGGAAACUCCCAGACAUCAGGUGAAAAUUCUAGCGAUUGAUGAUGGCAUUCCGCCAAAGACUGCGACGGCAACUUUGACAGUCAUUGUUCAGGAUAUUAAUGACAAUCCUCCAACUUUUCUCAAGGACUAUCGACCAGUACUUACAGAGUAUGCACUACCAAAAAGAGUUGUUGAAAUUCUAGCAACCGAUGACGAUGACAGAUCAAAGAGCAACGGUCCUCCUUUCACCUUCAAAAUGGAUCCAGAGGCUGAUGACAUUAUUCGCGCCAGCUUCAAAGUCGAAAGUGACAACAAGGGUGCAAACGGAGACGGAAUGGCAAUUGUCUCAUCACUUAGAUCUUUUGACAGAGAGCAGCAAAAGGAAUAUUUAAUUCCAAUUAUUAUCAAAGAUUCCGGAGAUCCUCUCAUGUCGGGUACCAGUACAUUGACAGUCAUCAUUGGAGAUAUUAACGACAAUAAAAUGCAACCCGGCUCAAAAGACAUUUUUGUAUAUAAUUACGCGGGACAAUCGCCGGAUACUGAAAUCGGAAGAGUGUACGUCUACGAUUUAGACGACUGGGAUUUGCCAGAUAAGAAAUUCUACUGGGAGAAUUUGGAGCAUGCACAAUUUAAACUCGAUGAGAAUACAGGAAUGAUAUCCAUGAGAGCUGGCACUCUCGAUGGAAGGUAUAAUUUACGUUUCAAGGUCUACGAUAGAACGCAUACACAAACUGAUGUACCUGCUAAUGUAACAGUUACUGUUAAAACAAUUCCACACGAGGCUGUGUUAAAUUCCGGUUCAAUGCGAGUAUCAGGAAUUACUGACGAGGAUUUUAUACGUGUAUGGGACUACAAGACUCAAACACUAUCUCGAAGUAAAGCUGAUCUAUUUAAAGAUAAACUCGCCAAUUUACUGAAAAUAGAUAAGGAAAAGGUUGAUGUCUUCAGUGUGCAGCUGAGAAGAAAACAUCCUCCUUUAACGGAUAUCAGAUUUGCCGCUCACGGUUCAUCCUACUAUAAACCCGUUAGACUCAAUGGAAUUGUGCUGAUGCAUCGAGAAGAGAUCGAAAGGGAUGUUGGGAUUAAUAUUACGAUGGUUGGUAUUGAUGAAUGUUUGUACGAAAAUGAAAUGUGCGAGGGAAGUUGUACAAGUACUUUAGAUAUUAGUAAUUUACCAUACAUGGUGAAUGCAAAUAAAACAGCUCUCGUUGGAGUUCGAGUUGAUGUAAUAGCCGAGUGUACUUGUGGUGCAAGGAACUUUAGUAAAAGUGAAUCCUGUAGGACAAGUCCCUGUUAUAAUGGAGGUCGAUGCGUUGAAGGUCGAUUCGGUCUAUCAUGCCAAUGUCCGGCGGGAUACAACGGACCGAGAUGUCAACAGACCGCGAGAAGUUUCAAAGGAAAUGGUUGGGCUUGGUAUCCUCCUUUAGAGAUGUGUGACAACAGUCAUCUUAGCUUUGAAUUCAUCACUCGAAAACCAGACGGAUUGUUACUUUACAAUGGACCCAUUGUUCCUCCAGAGUCUGAUGAAUCUCUUAUUUCCGACUUUAUAUCAGUUGAAAUUCACAAAGGGGUUCCGAGAAUGUUAAUAGACUUUGGAUCCGGAACAUUGGAACUGAAAGUUAAGACCAAAAAAUCUCUAGACGAUGGAGAAUGGCACAGAAUCGAUAUAUUCUGGAAUACGGAGACGGUAAAAAUGGUAGUCGAUUUUUGUAAAUCAGCGGAAAUAUCCGAAUUGGAAGACGGAAGUCCACCUGAAUUUAAUGAUACAAGUUGCCAAGCAACUGGAAUAGUACCACCGUUCAAUGAAUAUCUGAACGUAAAUUCCCCACUCCAACUCGGUGGUCUCUAUUACGAAACUUUCGAUCCCGAUCAAUUCAAAUGGAAGCACAUUUGGGCGGGCACGAACUUUGAUGGUUGCAUCAAGAAUUUGUUUCACAACAGUAAACUUUAUGAUCUUGCACAUCCGGGAUUAUCGAGAAACAGUGAGGCUGGUUGUCCGCAGACUGAUGAAAUUUGUCACAAUCAAGAAUCAACUUUCCGUUGUUGGGAGCAUGGUACAUGCGUUGGAAGUUUUGUUGAAGCAAGAUGCCAAUGUAAUCCCGGAUGGACUGGUCCAGGUUGCAUGACACCAACAAUUCCAACUACCUUCAAACCACAAAGUUAUGUGAAAUAUGCACUUUCCUUUGAGCCAGACAGAUUCUCCACUCAGAUGCAAUUGAGAUUCCGAACGAGGGAAGAGCAUGGUGAACUUUUCAGGGUCAGCGAUCAACAUAAUAGGGAAUACGCUAUCCUGGAGAUUAAGGACAGUAGACUGCACUUCAGAUAUAAUUUAAAUAGUUUGCGAACGGAGGAGAGGGACAUUUGGUUGACAGCAAUAUCUGUUAAUGAUGGUCAGUGGCACACUGUUCGUGUUUCGCGAUACGGAUCGGCAGCAACUUUGGAACUUGACGGAGGCGAAGGUCGUAGGUUCAAUGAAACCUUCUCCUUUGAGGGACAUCAGUGGCUUCUUGUCGACAAGCAAGAGGGUGUCUUUGCAGGUGGAAAAGCCGAAUACACCGGUGUCAGGACUUUCGAGGUUUAUGCUGAUUAUCAAAAAGGUUGUUUGGACGAUAUUAGAUUGGAAGGAAAACAUCUUCCAUUGCCGCCGGCAAUGAAUGGAACUCAAUGGGGACAGGCGACAAUGGCCAGAAAUUUAGACAGGCAUUGUCCUUCCAAUAAACCCUGCGCUAAUGUAAUUUGUCCCGAUCCUUUCGAGUGCAUUGACCUUUGGAACGAAUACGAUUGCACGUGUGGAGAAGGCAGAAUACCAUCACCGGACAAUAAGGGUUGCAUGGACAAGAACGAAUGUAUCGAUUACCCGUGUUUAAAUGGAGGACGAUGCAUCAAUCAGGAUCCGAGAUUCAGAUACAGGUGCAUCUGCCCCGCUGGAUUCUGGGGCGAAAAUUGCGAAUUAGUCCAAGAGGGACAAACACUAAAAUUGGGAAUGGGCGCUCUUGCUGCAAUUCUAGUUUGUCUUCUAAUGAUUCUUGUUCUAGUAUUGGUCUUUGUUGUCUACAAUAGAAGAAGAGAGUCCCUCAUUAAAUAUCCAGGUCCAGAUGACGAUGUCAGGGAGAAUAUCAUAAAUUAUGACGAUGAAGGAGGCGGAGAAGACGACAUGACUGCCUUUGACAUCACACCCCUACAAAUACCAAUCGGUGGACCGAUUCCGGAAAUGGGUGGCAAAUUGCCACCUUGCAAAAUAGCAUACCCCUUGGGACCAGAACCAAACGUGGGUAUUUUUAUCGAGGAUCAUAAAAAGAGAGCUGACAGCGAUCCAAAUGCUCCUCCUUUCGAUGAUCUUCGAAAUUACGCUUACGAAGGUGGCGGAAGUACGGCUGGUUCCCUUUCAUCACUAGCCUCUGGCACAGACGACGAGCAACACGAAUACGAAUAUUUGGGUGCUUGGGGUCCCAGAUUCGAUAAACUGGCCGACAUGUACGGUCCAGUUGAAGAAAGUGAAGAGGAGGAAUAAAUUUUCACCAAAGAAGAGAAGAAGAAGAAACUGAAAAAUCUGUUUUGUGCUCUAGGUAAAAUCUCAAAAGGACGUUCCGAACAGAACGCAAAAAAAGCUCAUAAAGUGUUAGGUAUACCAGUUAUUUCAAGAACUCUAAUUACUCGAGACAAAUAAAUGGAAAAACGAAACAAAUUCACAAAAAAAAAUCGAAUCACAACGGGCAUAAAAACUAAAAUUUCCCAUGUCGCCUGAUUGUAAGAAAAAUUGACUAGAUUUUCAAAACUGCAAAUUAAUCUAGUCAAUCGUGAGUGAAAAAUAUUGCCAACAAGAAAGAAAUUAAGAAAAUUACCAAAGAAAGCGAAACGAUAAUAUCCGGUAAAAAUCGAAUCUUCAACAUUUCCUAACAAGUUAUUCAACGAAUUCUUUUCCUAAAUGCUGAAGAAUAAAUUUUUACUGUUAAACUCAAUUCUUGUAGAUAUACUAAAAAAAAAAUAGUUUCGCUUUCCAUGUAAAAGGAGAUAAUUUUUCCAAAUAUAAAUGAAAAUUUAGAAAUAACUUUUAAAUGUAUAACGAUGAAGAAUUAGUAAAUCACAUAUAAAGAUGAAAUAUAAAUCUUAAAUGUGAAGAAUAGGAAAAAUAUCUUUGAAAAUACAUUCAAAUGAAGAGGAAUAACUUCUCAAUUCAAGAGAAAUGUCUCUUCAAAUUUGUAUAUUUAAAUUGUCGAGAUACAACUCUUUAAUUGAGAAGAAAAAAAAUCUUUAAAUAAAAUUUUUAAAAAAUAUCUUCCAACUAGAAGAUAAUAAAAAUUUUCAAUUUGAAAAUAAGAGUAAAAGUAAAUUGUCAAAGUGAAAAUUAACUAAUUUUCAAAGUGAAAAUUAAUUAAUUUUCAAAGUGAAAAAGAAUUUUCAAAUUGAAAAUUUUGCCCCUCAAUUUAAGAAUUUAAGAAAACAAAAAAUCUUCAAAACCAAGAAGAUAAAGGGAAUAAAUUCCUAAUUUUAGAUUUAUCCUCGGAGAAUUGCAAUAUUUUUCACACAGUGUAAAAGAAAAGACGAACUCAGAAACACUUUGAAAUAUUUAGAAGAAGAAAAAAAAAGGAAAAAGACACCUCAUCAUACACUUAAUCAUACAUUAUAAUCAUAUACACUCAUUCAUAAAACACUAUCGCACACAUUCAUAAUUGUCGAAAGAAAGUAAUUAUAAACAAGUUAGAAAAACGAUCUGGAAUGAUUGUCCUGAGCGAGUACAUUCUAAGAUUAUUUAUUAAAAAAAACGAAAGACACCGGAAAAUUUAUAGGUUCCCAAAAAGAAAACCUUUUUAAAAACCGGCGCAAAAAUCGAACUCUGCAAUAAUUUUCAAACUCAUUAAUUAAAAGAAAAAUAUACCUAAAGGAAAAGAAAAAAAAACAAAAAAAAAAAAAAAAGAUUCAUAAACUAUUUGUAUAGUUCGUUACACG